AUGCUGCGCCUCAGACGCCACAGCUCUCAGGCUGCUUCAGUCAACGUGGACCUCCACUUCACUGAGCUGCUUCUUCCCGGCCGCGCCAGACCGUGUUUGCCUUGCCAGCCCGCCU